AUGUUUACUAUAAUGGACCGCAAAGUUUACAACGCCUUCACGGCUGUCGAAGACAUCUCGCUGGCAUGGACACUGGUACAGGACGACACCGUCAAACAGUUACUCGGCAGACCCGUCAAUGUAGUUCCAUUUUUGCAACAUGCGGAAAAAUUCGAUCUUCGCUCAGUUUAUGUAAAGGAAAAACAGAACCUGGUUGACAAAAUGAUGAAAAAGCCACCAACGUACGAGUACGUAGGCAAACUUGAAGAAGUUGUGGAUCAGGGAAAAAUUAAUAUGCAAGAUAUCAAGCACAUGUCAGAGGCGCAUAGAGUUGAAGAAGAGUUUUCGAACAGCGCCCGAUAUCGGCAAACUGAUCUGGUGCAAGGACUGCGGAAAACUAUUGAUAUUGACAUGGCCGGGAUAGAGAAAUACGUCAGUCAGUUGACUGUUCCGGGGGCGCUCGGCGGCCUUUUUAUUAACAAAUUGUGGCUACCCCCUCUUCGCAAGGCAAAGAAAAUUUACAUAAUCGACGAAGUUUACUACGGAGAUCGUCUCCGAGUGACAACGUGUGUUGGUGGGAAGGAACACAGGCACGAAUUCAGCGGAAAGACUCCAUUUGCUUUCAAUAUUAUGAAAGUGAAACUGUCGACAAACGGCGCUGUUAUGGGCGGAAAGGACGUGAAACCAGCCAUCAAGCGAAAGAGAGUUCCACGUUGGCUGUGUGACAUUCCUAUGUUGGAGACCGUUGGUGAGAGCCAGGACAAUGUCACCACUGAAUAA